AUGUCUGAUAGCUUUCAAGAGUGGAGCUGCAGCAGCGCAUGUACACCACCUCAACACUGUUAUUUACCACGCUGCACAAAAAUUCCUUUCCCUGAAACAUUUAGCGGAUCAGGAAAGGUCAGUUAACUUUUCUAGAUGCUAAAAAAUACAAAGUAUGAAUAGCAAUCUAAAUUUAGUUAAUUACACAGACAAAACCACCCUCAAUCGUUUACUUAUUGUGUUAUUAUUAUUAUUAAUUUUUUUUUCAAACUUUUUUUUGAGGUUCAUGUGCACGUAUCGCUAAGUCACGGCGAGAAUUUUUCACGUCUUCACUCACCUGCUGCAUUGUGGGUUCAUUCUGUCAGUACACGUGGAUUUGAGGUAUGCGCACGUGAGGCUGGUGCUGGAUCAAAUGGAACUGGGAUCAUAAACUGGAUGGCGUUCCACGAUCAACCACAAGUUACAUCUGGCAGGAUAGCGUUCGGUGGAACGUGGACAACAGAAACCAAGUGCGACAAAGUGACGUUUAAAAAGGUAAGUGUUAGAAGCAAAAAGAAAGGCGCGGAAAAUAUAUAUUACCUUUUCCAUUUUUGCUAUGCACUACUAGGUCACCUAUGUCAUCUAGGUCAUCUAUAAAUAAUUUUUGCCUUUUAUCUUACGCCCGUCAGGAUCUAUUCAUUCCUCAGUUUAUGUGUUCAUGAUUUAUUCUAUCGAGUACGCGAAACCGAUUUCUCAAAUUGAAGAAAGUUUAAACGAUUGUCCUGUGAUUUUCCCUUUGAUAUACUGACAAAGAUCUUAAAAUUUCAGAGCUUUGCUGCGAGGCCCUUUGUUUUUGUCUCGGCGAAGUACACUCGAGCUACGAAGCCCAGUGAUGCAGUGUAUGUUUGGUUAGAGAACGUCAGUUCCAGAAGCUUUGAGGUGUGCAUCAAGGAAUUCUUACCAUUUGAUGGAAAACACCAAGAUACAGUGGUGGUGGGUAUAGCUGUUACC